AUGAAGUCGCUUGAUAGCACCAUCGUCACAGAGGUGCCAAUUCAAUCCAGAGGUCCCAAAAGCAGCGAUGAUGCUCUUCUCGAGAGCUUGGGCUACAAGCAGGAGUUCAAGCGGGAAUUUACGGCUUUGGAACUCUUCGGUGUCGCCUUUAGUAUCCUAGGAGUCGUACCUUCUAUCGCGUCUGUCUUAGUGUAUGCCAUCCCGAACGGUGGCCCGGUCUCUAUGAUAUGGGGCUGGGCAGUCUGCACCAUCUUUCUGUUCCUCAUGGCUCUGGCUAUGGCAGAGCUUGCAUCUGCUGCCCCCACUUCCGGAGGCUUAUAUUAUUGGACCUUUACCUUCUCUUCGCCACGUUGGCGGUACUUACUGUGCUGGAUAGAUGCGAACACAAUCGGAAAUAUUGGCGCAGUUGCGUCCGUAGCGUGGGGAUGUGCAGUGCAGAUUAUGGCGGCGGCAAGCAUAGGCUCCAAUCUUACAUUUGUUGCCACGACCGGCCAGACAUUCGGCUGCUUUUGUGCCGUCCUCCUCACACAAGCGGCAAUAUGCAGUUCCGCGACAAAAGUUAUCGCGAGACUGCAGACGCCAUAUGUCAUAUUGAAUAGCCUCGUGAUCCUGGGUGUAAUCAUCGCCCUUCCUGCUGCUACCCCGUCAGAAUUUAUGAACGACGCCAGCUUUGCCUUCGUGACCACCUGGCCAGCUGGCUUCGCUUUCGUGCUGAGUUUCCUUGCUCCGUUGUGGACCAUUGGUGCCUUUGACUCUUGUGUUCACAUCAGUGAAGAGGCAUCUAAUGCAAGUAUCGCCGUUCCGUGGGCAAUCAUCCUUGCCAACAUGAUCGCGGCCGUCCUUGGCUGGGGUGUUACGGUUGCGAUCACGUUUUGCAUGGGGACGGAUCUCGAGAGUAUUGUCAGCAGCCCUAUCGGACAGCCAUUGGCAGCGAUAUUCUUUAAUAGCUUCGGAUCGAAAGGGACUUUAGCCAUCUGGGCAAUAAUAGUAGCACUCCAGUACCUGAUGGGAACUAGUGUGCUCACUGUUGCAUCUCGGCAGAGCUUUGCGUUCGCUAGAGACGGCGCCCUUCCUUUCUCCCGAUAUCUCUACCGUAUCAAUCCAUAUACUCUGACUCCGGUCAACUGUGUAUGGUUCACCACGUUCGCGGCUCUUGCUUUAGGAUUACUCUCCUUCGCAGGAUCCGCGGCUAUCGGAGCCGUUUUCACUCUCUGUGUUACGGCGCAGUACCUCGCUUACUGCAUACCUAUCACCGCUAGAUAUGCAUUCAAGAACGGCUUCAGGCCUGGGCCGUUUACUCUGGGAUCAUGGGGGCUCCCAGUUGCGUUCACUGCGGUAUUGUGGAUGUCCUUCUGCAUCGUCAUCUUCCUUUUCCCAACGGAUCCAGAUCCAGCUGAAGCUGAUAUGAACUACACUGUGGUAGUCCUCGGCGGCGUGAUGGCGUUAUGCCUCAUAUAUUACUAUCUUCCUGGUUACGGCGGGGUGUAUUGGUUCAAGGGACCUAUUGCCAACGUAGAGAAACAUCCUAAUGCAAAGGAUGACGCAUUGGAAUCGCAUAGUGGCGAAGGGACCGAGGUGCUUCGGGAGAAAAGGGCAUCGGACAUAGCGCCGUGA